AUGCAUCCACUCCUUAGCCUCCUAUUCCUCCCUCCGAUCACCCUCCUCGUCACCGCAAGCAACAUCCCCAACAUCCUCCUCACCCCAAGCCUCUCCCCAGCUCCUGAUCUCCACCCAACCACCUCAAACCUCCCCCUCUCGCCCCCCCACAACAACACCACCACCACCAAAACCGACACCCCAUCAUUCCUCAACACCGUCACCUCCGCCGUCCUGAAAACAAUCGCCAAACACCCCACCGCGACCUUCCGCUUCGUCCGCGCCUCCUCCCCCACCGGCCCCACCGCCUCCCUCCCCUCCCUCACCCGCGUCCGCAUCGUCUUCAGCAUCCGGGACGGUCCCACCCACCACGCCUUCCGCAGCCUCCACGUCGACAUGACCCCCGUCUGGUCCGUCUGGGACCCGCCCGUCCUCUCCCCCGACGACGUCCCCGCCGACAUGGGCGCCAUGCACCUGGACGUCCGCCUGGACCUCGACGAGGCGUGGCGGCUCGCCCGCGAAUGGGGCUUCUACCGGCUCUGCGAGGGCGUGCUGCUUUACUGGCCGUCUUCGCCGCCGGCGCCGACGGCGCAGCAGCCGUUUUAUCGGUUCCAGGGUUUGGGGCCCGGGUUGGGGUUUGUGUAUGUGGGGGCUUGGACGAGGGUGGUUACGACGGAUUUGGAUGGGGUGGGGGUGGGGAGGAAUGGGAGUGCGGCUGGGGCGGUGGAUGUGGUGUGA